AUGUCCGAAAAUGAAUUUACCCAAUGUCUAAUUGUGCCCAUGAAUUUGACUUGUUCACAUAAGCACCCUGUGAAUUAUUUCUUGCUCGGGCUGUUUACUGUAUCGCUAGCGUUUGUGGUGGGGUUGACCUGUGCUUUCACAAGUGGGAAAAUCAUUCUGGAAUCUGUUAUCCUAACCACUGUUGUGGUAGUUAGUCUCACUCUAUACACAUUUUGGGCUGCAAAGAGAGGCCAUGACUUCAAUUUCUUGGGGCCAUUCUUGUUCGGUGCUGUUAUGGUUCUCAUGUUGUUUGCGCUUAUACAAAUCUUUUUCCCAUUAGGUCGAAUAAGUGUGAUGAUCUACGGCUGCCUUGCCUCGAUAAUCUUCUGUGGUUACAUCAUAUACGACACGGAUAAUCUUAUCAAACGCUACACGUAUGAUGAGUACAUAUGGGCUGCCGUUGCUUUGUAUUUGGAUGUGAUUAACCUCUUCCUUUCGCUUAUGACCGUUUUCAGAGCUGCUGACAGCUGA